GCUGAAAUAAUGAGACCCUCUCUUAAAAAGCAAACAACAGCUACAAAACAGAUUUUUUUUUUUUCUUUCAUGGUUCUGGCUGCUGAGAAAUGCAAAAUCAAGGGACCAGUGUCUGGCAAGGAAGCAGCAUCUGGCAGUGGUUGCCUUGGUGUGUGGGUUGGCUGCUUUGUUGGUUGCUCAGACCAAACACUUACAGAAACACCUAAUGGAGGCUGGGUUGAUUGGCUCAUGCUUUCGGAGAGUUCAGUCACGGUCAUUUGACCCAUGUAGUUGGGCAGACCAUCUCGGCAGUAACACGUGUGUUCUCCAGGUCUUGAUGAUUGGGAGAUAGGGGGUGUGACAGGAAGGAACCAGGAGUACUACAUCCCCAAAGGACCCACCUCCAGUGACGUACUAGGUCCACUCUCUAGAGUUUCUAUAACCUAAAAUAGUUCAGCAGGCAGGGAAGAAGCUUUUAAAACAUGAGCUUGUGUGGGCGGGGCUAGGGUGCUUCACAUUCAGCCAGUAGCACUGUCAUCCCACCGUGCAAGGCAGAGGGGCAGAAGAGCAUGAGUAAACAGAGAAAGAAGAGGGCUGAACCCAUCCUUUCAUCAGAAAUGACUCCCCGAGAUAAUGGUCUUAAUCUAUGCAUGGCCCAGUCACUCUUGUGCUUAGAAUGGACCCUGCAUGGGAAGCCAAGGGCUAAUGGAGAUCUGUCUCCUAAGCACAGAGGUGCUGGACAAGCUUGACAGCUGGCAGCAUGGCACUCUGGUAGCCUGAGCCACACUGCUAUUUAGGAAGAGUUCUGCAGUGUAGGCCAGAGUAUACACGUCAUGUGGCUAAGGCCAGGGACCCAUAAGAGUCCUUCCCUUUUGCUGGACUGCUAUUCUGUGGGAGCACCCUUCCCUCCGGCAGGGUCUGUAACAGCUGACCAGGUUCCAGCUUUCAGGUUGGCAGGCCCCAUUGGGUCAUACCUCUCUGUUGCCAUGACUUGGUCAUUCUUUCCGAUGACUGAUCAUUCCUGUUCCCUUAGCAGUCACAGUGAGAAGGUUGGAUCAUAAACAGGAACUUCCAUUCUUUUGGCUCUCGGACCCCUUCUUGAUGGUGAAACUUCCCUGAUCCUCCGUGGUUGUCUGCUUAGUGCACCUGGGUGGUAGAUGUUACUAUGUCAUAAUUUGCAUGAUCUUUAAAGGACAGCAGCAUCUGAACAUGUUUAAACAGUAAUUAAAAUGUGUAAGCAAAACAUGUAUAUUUGGUCUGUAGGAGGCAUGUUUAUGCCCAUUUGUACCCUGAGCCUGUUGUCACAGACCUGGGGGUCUGUAGCUCACACAUGAGGACUCAGCAGCUUCUUCCCGCUCUACCAGCCAGCCCCCAUGGCUCCCAGGCAUUGGCUGAUAGGAUACCAGAGAGAGAGGUGGAAGAGGGGCAGCCCCAGAAAGGACCAGAGGACACAGCUGUAGCAGAGAUGCCAAAGGCAAGACUAGGAAGUGAUGGGUUGAAUACAUGGGGGGUGGGGCACGGAUUGUAAGGUGGCCAGGUGUAAUGGGGUCCUAUGGUGGCAUCUCCAAGAGCAUCUGAGACUUAGAGAUGCCCAUGAGGAUUCAGGCUCAGCAGGUAGUUAGACUCACAGCUGUGUGUGGGAAAACAUCUGACAAACUCAGCAGAUAGCAAAGGCGCAUGGAACCAGGUUAGAGGAAACUUGAGGGCACCUUCCAGGAGGCCUCCAGUGCAGGCACCAAGAAGCACUGAGCUCCCCCAGCAUAAUGGUGAAUGACCCGUGUGGAAUACCCACUGGGGGAAGCUUGCCAGAGACACUACACCCAGGAUUGUUGCUGAGAACAGGUCACUCAGACCUUCUGCUGGCACCUGCCCCAGUGGCAGACACCUCAAAAGGAGAUGUGUGUUCAGCACAAGCUGUAUUGCACAGAUUAGUCACUGUGUUAACCAAUUAACCUGUAAUUGGUUAGGUAGAAACCCUUUUGAGAUGCACAUUCCCAGGUGCCUGCCUGGGUCUACCUGGUGCUAGGCAUUUUGAAGGGCAGCAGUGGCAGACCUGCCCCGUUGGCUCCUUAGUACAGAACCUAAGAUUGUCCACAUUUUAUGUCUAGGAGGCCAAUAAGAAAUGCAAAAUGGCUCCCUGCUAGAGGUUUGUGGAGUAUCUGAGGUGUUCCUGGCAGGGCUCUAGGAGUAUGAGCCUAGUGUAUGCACAGUGGUAGCUGUCAGCUGUCAAGAAUGGCAGCAGAGAGAUGGCAGGGAGUGGGUGGUAAGGCUGCCAGUGAGUAGCAGAGACAGUUUCUAAAGUCACUGACUUAAAUGCAUGAAAUAGGCAGUUGACUCUCCUCUGCUUUAUUAGAAGUGUCCCCAUUUUCUUUACAAUUCCUUCUUACAGAUCAUACUUGUUUCUAACUUAGAUGGAUUCUUUCCAUAUUUACAUUCUGUUUGUGUCACUUGCAUGGUUAAUUUCUGCCAUAAUCUAAGUUCAUGCCUAUCAGAUGUCUAUCGUUGUCUCAGUUUUCAUGGCUGUUUUAAAGUCUACUGAAUGAUGACUUUUAAUGAAACUAAGAGGUAUUGUGUUCAUCUUACAAAGCCAUAAGGUAUAGGAGGUGAGCCUAGCAGGUACAGGUGUGGAGUGUGGAUGUGAAGAACUGUUUCCUAAAGCUCCGGGGUUCCUGGGUUUCUUGAGUUCCUAAAGACUAUAUUACAGGCUUUCAAUGCUAAGUGGCAAUAGUGGGGGGCGGGUAGGGAGCAUGGUGAGAUGAGGCCUCUAGAUGGGGCCCCUAGAAGGACUCCGUGGCCAUCACCUCCCACUGCAUGCUUCUGCUGCAUGCGCCUGGUGAUGAGUGUCACAGCUUUUCACAGUGGAACUGACCACAGCUGGACUAGGGUUUGUGGCGAGUUGAAGCCUUGCAGGCAGGUGGGACAGGAAGAGUGAAGUUGAGUUCUGCCCAGCAGUGGAACCUGGACCAGAUCGGAGUCUGCAGAUCAGGGGCCCUGAGCACAGGUCAGGCCUGGAGUACCUGGCUCACCUGCUGCCUGCCUGGCAGGUGGAAAGGGGUUGAUCUCCUUCAGACCUUCAGGGCUUUGUGAGGUUUUGUUGCUGCCCUCCCCCUGCUGUUUGGGGGUGUUUAAUUUCUGAUAUAAAUUAUGUCAUUCCUGCUGAAGAGCAGUAAGUGGGAUUUUUCUUUGCUAUGCAGGUUGAUUAAUUCUGGUCUAGAAAUCUAAGGUGGAAAAUGCUCCAAAAGGCAAAACUUUGGAGCACCGUGAUGCCCUGUGUAGAGAAGUCCACAUCUGAGCUCCUGUGAUCAUUUGCAGUCAGAAUGCAGGCAUACUAAAAACCCUGUAAAAGUUACCUUCACCUAGGUGUAUAAAGAACAAAAUAUAAAUGAAUUUCUUGUUUAGAUUUGAGGGCCAUCUCUAAAAUAAUUCAUUAUGUACAUGAGAACAUUCAAAAUCAAAUAUUCAAAAUACAUCUGACCCCAAGGAUUUGGGGAAAAGAGUAGUAGACCUUGGUAAUGAGCUGGUUUUCUUAGUAACUUGAUGUCCCCCUCUCAGUGCCACGGUGCUGGAGUCCCAGGUCUCAGACAGUCACUUAGUAGCCGACACAGCAGAUAGGGCUGCCUGGGUACUAAGGGACAGAGUUUCGUCUUUCCUAGUUACACCUGUGGUGACCUUGUUUCCAAAAUGUUGCUGGUGGCACACCUUCCUGGGCACCCAGGCACUGUCCCAGUACCCGCUGCACUCAGGCCAGAUCCCACCCAUGUCUGCACUGCCCGCUCCUGGUGUUUACCAGGAGAUGCAUGUGGCUCCCUGAGCUAAGGGACAGUUUGGGUGGGCCAUGUUGGCAGGGAUGCAGCCAACCCCCCCGGAGACUGUGCCCACAGGUGCCCAUCAGCUUCAAGGACUUGGCCGUGCGGUUCUCUGAAGAGGAGUGGCGCCUCCUGCAGGAGGGGCAGCGGGAGUUCUACAGAGACGUGAUGCGGGAAAACUACGAGACGUUGGUGUCUGUGGGGACCUCUGAGCUGCUUCCUCUCUCUGCUUUCCUGUCACCCACAGAGCCUGGAGGAGCCACCGCAGGAGAGGGCCACCUCGAUAAGGGACAGGAACCCCCACUGGAGCGCGGUUCCCAGGGAGGGCAGCCCCAGCAGAGCCUACACCUCACCGCCUUAGUGCAGCUGGUGAAGGAGAUUCCGGAGUUCUUGUUUGGAGAAGUGAAGGGCACUGAGGACUACUCCGAGAGUGGGAGCACCAGUCUGGAUGGGGAGCGAGCGAGCCCUGAGGUAGCUGGGGCUGUGGAAACUUACCCUCCCCGAGGCCUGCUUAGUUCUCUUCCGGAGAGCCCUGCAAGCCACCCCAGCCUGGCCACCACACCCACAGGCAGCUCAUCUUCCAGUGGCCCUCCUGGAGACUGGGCACAAGAAAGCCCCCUGCCUACCAUAGGAGCUACUGAUAAGCCACUCUCCAUAGAGAAGGAAAGCUUAGGAGCCUCGGGAGAGACUUCCAUUCAUUCCACUCGAAGCCUGGACCAGAGCAAGAGCCACCUAAGACAAGAUAGAGGCGGCAUAGGAACAGGAACCUCUCCUGAGAACAGUCCCUUGCAAGGCCUCAUCAACUGUCUGAAGGAAAUCCUUGUGCCCGGGCCGCAGCACCGUGGGACAGCCGCAGACUUGCCAGCUUCUCUGCCUGGCCUGAGUGUGCUGAAGCAGAGCAGAGCUGAGGUGGAGCCAGGGAGCCUGCCCUGCCCGGUGAAGACAGAGGCAAUAUCCGGGGAUUGUCCCCUUCAGGGCCUGCUGAACUGUCUGAAGGAGAUCCCAGAAGCCCCAGACAGGCGUCCCAGCCCCUCAGGAGCAGGGGACCUGCAGCUGCAGGAAGAUCCAGGGAAAAGGAAUUCUGGAGGGAUGAGAUGCCCCCAGACUCCUCCUCUCCGCCGUAGUCAAGGAGCUGGAAGUAUGCUUGCCGUGGUGAAGGUAGAAGAUGGCUGGGUCCAGAGUCCCCCAGUGCCAACAUCUUGCCAGCUUAGCAGGCAAGGCCACGGUCCCUAUUUCACUGGAGAUAGCAGAGAGGUCCGUGUGCCCCGCUGGGGCCCCAUGACUCUCGCCGGCAGGGCCUCAAGCUCACCCCUAGAAGCUCUGGAGGCCUGUCUGAAGGGCAUUCCUCCAGGCGGGUCAUCACCUCUUCAGCCGCUAGCCACCUCAUGGUCCAGAAGUCCCCAGCCAGGAGAUGCUGGUUCUCAGAGACUUGAGCUACAGCCACAAGGAUCUCAGAGUGCAGAUGCUUCGAGAGAGCCACUUCUGCCUCUGAGCUUGCGGGGCUGCAUGAGAGAGGGACCUGGGAUUCAGUCCUCUGGCUCCCAGGGUACCCCUACCAGCUUCUCCUCAGCCAGCAGCAGUGAUGGGGAUCUGGAUUUCAGGAGCCCCAGGAGCAGUCAGGGGCAACGGCUUGGGAAAGGAUAUCUACCAGGACACUCUCCACUCCAAGGCCUGGAGAACUGUCUAAGAGAGAUCCCUAUUCCCAGGCCACAGGCUGCCUGGCCUUGCUCCGUGGCUGCAGACAGGGGGUCGAAGAGAACAGAGCCCAGGACCUGGACUGCAGACACAGAAGGACCGAGGGGCGAGGCCUGUGAGCCACCCCACCUUGGACAGGGUCGGGGAGAGGUGCCCAGCAGGAGUCUACGUCUAGGCAGUCCACAGACCUGCCCCCCCACCUGCCACCAAGUGACUGCCAGGCCAGGACCGUGGCAAUGGCCAAAAGAUGAGACAGCCACCAUGCCCUCCCCUCUACACUGCCUGGAGAGCUCUCUGAGGGGGAUCUUGCCCGUGAGACCCCUGCGUUUCACCUGCGUGACUGGUCCUGACCCCAGUCCCAGCCCCUGCUCCAGCUCCAGCUUCAGCAGCUCUGAUGGAGAAGACCUAAGGCCAGAGCCUGCUUUCUGGCAGCCACCCCUCCAGAAGAAAGACCACCUCCCCUCCGGCAAGGGUCCUGUCCCUCUGUGCCCUGUCCCUGGAACAUUCCCAGGAGUCAACAACAAUAGCUGUCUUGCUGAAGACCCUGACAGAACAGAGUCCAGGGACUGCAGCAGCCUCAGUACAGGAAGAGCAGAAGGGACAGGAGUCAAGACCCAGUCACCCAGAAGAGAAGGAGCUGCAGAGCACACAUGCCAGCCUGGCCCUGUCAGCAGCGCUGAAGUAAAAGGAGGAGGAGAACGAGGAGAGGCAACUGGGUGCCCAUGGCCUGCCUCUCAGCUGGAAGAAAGGCCUGAGCCCAAGGGUGCUGAAGACACCAGUGACCUGGAGCCUGGACAUGGGCAACCCAGUGCCACAGCCAGGACUCAAGGAAAGCUGCUCUCUGGGGACCCUCCGGAGCCACCUAGCAAGUCUCCCCUUCCCACAACUGUCUUGUCAAAGUGGCCACCUACUUCUUUCCAGACACCAUGCCCCUGUGGCAGAUUCCUGCAGCAGGAGCUGCACAGCCUUGGUACUGCCCUCACGGACAAGCUGGAUCAGCUUGCAUCAGCCUUGGCAGGCCUGACUCAGGAAGUGGCCACCAUGAGGACCCAGAUGGACCGGCUGAGAAGGCGCCCACAGAGCCUUGGACCAAAAGGCCAGGCUUCCUGGCGGUUGACCCUCCCCCGGAGACCUCGCUGGGCCAACAGACUGGACCACAGACACCUACCCUACUGGAGGCAGAAGGGCCCCAGCAGGCCCAGACCAAAGAUCCUGCGGGCCCAGGCAGAAGGCUGCAAGGCUGGGGACCGCCCAGGACUCUCUAGAGGAAAGGGCAGUUUGGUGCCUCAGCUGCCUCCAGACGGUUCCUUGGGAGAAUCUUCCAGGCCCGUGGGUAGCUCAUCCCAGCAGAUCUCCUCAGCACCUGGAGGCCACACUGUGCUGACUGCACACCCCCUUCUGGAACACACCGGAUGCCACCAGAAUUCCCCCUCCCCUUCAGUGCCUACUGCCUUGGUCCCCCUUGUGGCCUCACCAGCAACCAGUGCAGACACAGAACCUCAGGCUGCUGGAGUGGCAGCAACCAGCAUUCCAAACCAGCACAAGGAACCUAACAGCCGGCUAGGGGGAGCCCUCAGCAAAGACCUCUGGGGAGGGGACCACAGGGAUCCGAGGUGGGGGGCCCAUUAACUGUACUGUCCCUUUGCUCAGGCUUGCUGAGGAUGCUGGGUGGCCAGGAUGCCUGGUAGGACCCUCUGGGGUAAAACCAUCGCAGGCUGCCUGCUUCCCCAGGGGUUGUAUCUUCCUUACCUGCUCAGCGGCCCUCUGGUCACUGCUGCAAGUCUGGCCCUUUGCCUCUGCUGUGCCAGGCCCCCAUGUCUGCACAGAGCCACUAUAGAGGCUUUCCUCAGCCAUACCUCCGGCUUUCUUGGCUCAGGUUCAGUCAGCCAGUUGUUCUUCCUCCUUAGCAGAGCCAUCUAGGUUCCAGGUGGGUGUCAUGCAUACCACAUAUGCACAGAGCCAGCUGCAGAGGGCACCAUGAAGGCACCUUAAUUUCCUGCUCCUGAUCUCAAGGACACUAAAAGGCCAGUCUUUGUCUGUCUAGAGUGAAUAUUCACAGAUCUCAUUUAGGGAGAGCCUGGCCUGUGGUCUAAGCUGAACUGACCCACAUGGAUUCUAAAAUUAAAUAUAUUAGCUGCUAAGAAAAGGCCAUUUGGCUUCGAUGGAAGAGUGCUCAGAGGGGACGGCAUUCGGGCAUGGUUGCCUGGAUUGUCACCAGUACAGUGAGAACUAGGCAGCUUACGUUUCCCUCUUACACACACACACACACACACACACACACACACACACACACACCCACCUCAAGAGAGCUGAGCAUGUGCAGUGAGGCUGGGCACAGAAUGCCACAGGGUUCCUGGGGAGAGUACUGCACAUGUGCCACUCUCCCAGGCUGUGUAUAGAGUGUCACAGACUUAGUCUGGGCAGCUUAAAUCAGGGGUCCCAAAUCAAGGUCUUGUCAGGGUUGCUUCUGCAGAGGGUAUCUGGUUCCAUUGGAGGCUGUCUUCAUGCUCAUGGUAUCUUCUAUGAGUCUCUUCUCCAAAUGCCCCUCCUGCCAGGACACAGGAUGUUUUGGUUGGCACUCAUUCUCAUUCGAACUCAUCUUCACUAAAGACUCUAAGGAACGUCACAUUCUGAAGUGCCAGGGGGCACAGCAUGGUCAGCCUUUCGACAUUAUGACAAAGUGUUGUCAUCUAGAAAGUUCACAUUCAAGAACCAGACAGUUGAGAUUAAAAACAAACAAACAAACAAAAA